ACACUGAUAUUUUUAUGGGUUUUGUUGGCAUUGAUAUUAUUUGGCAAUUCUUCAGUAUUGAUAACACUUAUGCGAUCAAAGAAUCGGAAGACACGAAUGAAUUUCUUUAUAAUGCAUUUAGCGAUCGCCGACUUGACAGUGGGUUUGGUUAGUGUGGCCACAGAUAUAGCCUGGAAAACAACGGUUGGCUUUUAUGCCGGAAAUCUCGUUUGCAAAGCAGUCCGCUAUUCACAGGUUUUGGUAACGUAUUCAUCAACAUAUGUAUUGGUGUCACUUAGUAUUGAUCGAUACGAUGCUAUAACACAUCCCUUAAAUUUCACCGGAAGCUGGAAAAGGGCAAAGAUUUUGGUGGCCAGUUCCUGGACUUUGAGUGCCGUGUUUUCAAUUCCGGCUAUAUUUUUGAACAGUGAAACUAUGAUGGAGGGACACCCUCAGUGUUGGAUAGACCUCAAGCAAUGGCAAUGGAAAAUCUACAUCACAUUAGUGGCCACUUCGCUGUUUUUCUUUCCGGCGGUCAUCAUAUCUCUCUGCUAUUCAAUUAUUGUUCACACAAUUUGGGCCAAAAGCAAGACUAUGACUUUCCCGAAGGUGGCCAACAAAUCCAAAUCCAAAACUAAGUCAUCCACUGAUGUAAACAACAAAAGAACUACUGGUGGUGAUCCCGAUGAUUUUAAGCGGGCCAGUAGUCGAGGCAUUAUACCGAAAGCCAAAAUAAAAACCGUAAAAAUGACUUUCGUUAUAGUUUUCGUUUUUAUAUUAUGUUGGAGUCCGUACUUCGUAUGGGAUUUACUACAGGUUUGGGGUGUAAUACCUGUGUCACAGACGACGAUCGCAAUCUCGACUUUCAUCCAAAGUCUGGCUCCACUCAACUCUGCGGCCAAUCCUUUCAUAUAUUUCUUAUUUUCCACUCAUUUCUGUCGAAAUAUUAGAAGAUUUAGUCUUUCGCGUGCUUUCGGAAGACUUUGUUGUUGUAUAAAAAGACCACAAAAUCCUCAAAAUCUUACGAUAAGAUGUGAUUAUAAUACCAUUAACUCAGCCACUCAUUCGUCAUCCAGAACUCAACGAUUUUCGAUGACAUCCAAGAGCUCACCCAAGAGUUCCAAGUGUUCGUCAGUGAGAAAGACUUUAGUCAUCAAAGAUGUCAAACAUAGGACACAAAUCGAGAAACAGGAGUUCAAUGAUCACAAACUUAUUGAUACAACUAAUUCAGUCGUUUGA